ACUUUAUUCCACACACACCAUAUUGAUUUCAAAGUUAAUUUUCUCUCUCUUCACCAAAGAAAUCUGGAAAACUCUCUCAUUCUCAAACAAACCCUAGCCGCCGCCUCCUCCUCCCUCCUUCAGUGUGUCUCCGGCGGUCGUUACAUUGCUCCACCAUCUUCAUCCUCUCCUUUUCAUCUGUAAAAAGAGUCCCCUCCAUCUUCUCUACAAAACCCAUUUAAAAAUAUCAGGAACGGACAACCUUCGCCGGUGACCACCACGCCGGAGCUUGCAACCACCGCGCCGGGAAAGAGCUUACGUGUUUUCAUCCCGAUCUGGGUCAGAAUUUUUACACAAACACUUAAACCUGGGCUGUUGUCUUCAUCAAGGCUGGGGCAUUAAUAGGAUUUCCACAACAUCUUCUCUUCUUAUAUUAAUAGAGAUUUUUUGUUUUUGUUUGUAGGUUUUGUGAUGGAUGUGGAUUGGUCUGAAUCACGUUACGAUGAUAGAGAGGAUUCUCCUGUGAGGGAGCAUUAUGAUGAUGAUGGGGUAGAUAGGUCUAGCAGGCAUAGGAGCAAGGAUAGGAAGAAGAGUGAUAAGGAUCACCGGAGUAAAGACCGGGAUCAGGCCAAGAGGGUUUCUGAGGAUGUGGAGAAGGAGAGAGGUUCUGGAAGGGAACGUAAUAGGGAUGAGCGGGAGAAGGAUAGGAGUAAAGAUGGGAAGGCGAGGGAGAAGGAUUAUGAUAGAGAGAAAUAUAGGGAGAAAGAGCGCGAGAGGGAGAGGGAUAAGAAGGAUCGAGGUAAGGAUAGAGAGCGUGAGAAGGAGAGGGAGAUUGAGAAGGAUAGUGAGAGGGCGCGAGAGAAGGAGAGGGGGAAAGAGAAGACUAGGGAUAGGGAGAGGGAUAAGGGAAAGGAGCGCGAGAAACAUAGAGAUAGGGAAAGUUAUAGAGAUGGGGAUCGGGAUAAGGGGAAAGAUAAGAUUAGAGAGGAGAGGGAGUCUGAUCGAGAGAAAGAUAGGUCGAGGGAUAGAGGAAGUAGGAAGGCUCACGAGGAAGAUUAUGAAUCAGGUAAUCUUGAUGAUAGAGUAGAUUACCAUGAAAAGAGAGAUGAGGAUGUUGGUAAGCAUGAAAAGGCUUCAAAACUCAAUCAAGAUGAUAAAGAGGGGGAGACUUCAGCAAACUUGUCAUCAAAAGAACUUGAAGAACGUAUCUUGAAGAAGAUUUCUAAUUCUGUAAGGAUGCAAAUCCAUCUAAUCAUGAGGAUGAAAGAAACAAGGACAAAGAAACAAUCCGAGAUUUCAUCAUGGCUUAAUAAAAGCCGUAAGCUUGAAAAGGAAAGAGUAUUGCAGCUCUCGAAGAUUUUUGAGGAGCAGGACAACAUCGCAGUUGAGGGAAGUGACGACGAGGAUACGACACAUCACACUGAUCACCUGGCGGGGGUCAAAGUUCUUCAUGGCCUUGACAAAGUUGCGGAAGGUGGUACUGUAGUUCUGACUAUCAGAGAUCAGCCCAUACUUGCUGAUGGUGAUAUUAAUGAAGACAUUGAUAUGCUUGAAAAUGUGGAAAUUGGAGAACAAAAACGUCGGGAUGAUGCUUAUAAAGCUGCAAAAAAGAAAACUGGCAUGUAUGACGAUAAGUUCAAUGAUGACCCCUCCUCGGAAAAGAAAAUACUUCCAAAAUAUGAUGAUCCGGCUGCUGAAGAGGGUUUAACUUUGGAUGAAAGAGGAAGAUUCUCAGGCGAAGCUGAAAAGAGACUUGAAGAGCUCCGGAGAAGGUUAACUGGUGGUUCCACUAAUAACUUUGAAGACCUUACUUCAUCUGGAAAGGUAUCCUCAGAUUACUAUUCUCACGAAGAAAUGCUUCAAUUUAAGAAGCCCAAGAAGAAAAAGUCCUUACGGAAGAAAGAUAAGCUGGACAUUAAUGCCCUUGAAGCUGAAGCUGUCUCUUCAGGAUUGGGUAUUGGUGACCUUGGUUCUCGGAAAGAUGCGAAGAGGCAAGCCAUCAAAGAUGAACAAGAAAGAUUGGCAGCUGAAAUGAGAAAUAAUGCUUACCAAACUGCUUAUGCUAAAGCAGAUGAAGCCUCCAAAUUACUUCGUCCAGAACAAUCUCCGUAUGUUAAAGCAGAGGAAGAUGAAACUCCAGUUUUUGCAGAUGAUGAUGAGGAUCUUCGUAAAUCGUUAGAGAAAGCAAGACGGCUAGCUCUUAAGAAACAGGAAGAGAAAGGAGCAUCUGGCCCUCAAGCUAUUGCUUUACUUGCCAGCUUAAAUCCUAGUAAUGAGAAUGUUGAUGAUCAAAAUGCUGCAGCUGGAGAGUCAAGAGAAAACAAGGUGGUCCUUACAGAGAUGGAAGAAUUUGUCUGGGGUCUUCACAUUGAUGAAGAAGCACGUAGGCCAGAUGGUGAAGAUGUUUUCAUGGAAGAUGACGAAGAGGCACCUGUUCCUGUUGAGGAAAAGAAUGACGAGGCUGGUGGGUGGACUGAAGUUAAUGAAACUCAAAUAGACGAGCAACCCAACUCAGAAGACAAGGAGGAGAUAGUUCCUGAUGAAACUAUACAUGAAGUUGCUGUAGGGAAAGGACUGUCUGGAGCAUUGAAACUGCUUAAAGAUCGAGGAACACUUAAAGAAAGCGUUGAAUGGGGUGGCAGAAACAUGGAUAAGAAAAAAAGCAAAUUGGUUGGGAUUGUAGAGGAUGAAGGAAAGGAAGCACCAAAUAAAAAGGAGAUUCACAUUGAGAGGACAGAUGAGUUUGGGAGAAUCUUGACUCCUAAGGAAGCCUUUCGGAUAAUUUCUCAUAAGUUCCAUGGUAAAGGACCUGGCAAAAUGAAGCAGGAAAAGCGUAUGAAACAAUUUUACGAAGAAUUGAAAUUGAAGCAAAUGAAGAGUUCGGAUACACCAUCAAUGUCUGUGGAGAGAAUGAGGGAAGCUCAAGCUCUUAACAAGACACCCUAUCUUGUUCUUAGUGGUCAUGUUAAAGCAGGACAAACUAGUGACCCGAAAAGUGGUUUUGCUACAGUUGAGAAAGAUCUUCCUGGAGGCUUGACACCUAUGCUUGGUGAUCGGAAGGUUGAGCACUUUCUGGGAAUCAAGAGAAAAGCUGAACAAUCAAGCUCGGAUCCAUCAAACUCUGGCACCCCAAAAAAGUCAAAAUCUUGAUUCCUUGGUCUUGUAAUUAUAAGCAUUUCAAGCUAAAUAUCUCGGUUGCAAUUUGGUAGCUAGAAACUUUAAUGCCAUGGGGGUGAAGAAUCCAUAGAACUCACGUUACUUUGUUCUGUAAAAUUGAAGACAUGAUGGCGAAGAUUCCAUAAAACUGAGUAAUGAAUAGUAAAAAUACAAAAUAAAAAUAGGAUUGUCUUAGAAUUUUGAAAGAUUGUGGGAGCAAGUGCACAUAACUUUUUCUAGUGAUUUUUGGACUAGAUAUUUUUGUAGUUGUCUUUAAUUGGGAGUUUAAUGGUGGUUCUAUGCCUAGUAUUGAAUUUGACCAUAUGAGCGAUGUUUUUGUUCGAUUGGUUAUAUGGCAUUCUAGUCUCGCCCUAUCUGUGGUGUGUUUUGAUGGUUCAUUUUGAAAUUUCACAUUUUUUUUCAAA